AUGGACAGCUAUCCCUCAAAUGUUAUAUUGCUAUUAUUGCAGAUUAUUUUGCAUAGGCAACAAUCUAUAUCACACAAGGAUAAGAAGAAGGAUUAUAAUUUGUUGUUAGUUGAGCCAGUGAUAGAUACUGAGGUCCUAAAAGAAUUUCAAAACCAUAAAUUAGUGAAAUUGCAUGCCCCAGAUAUGUGUAAUAUUCAAUUAAGAAGCUUGAGGUUACUAGUUAAUGAAAUAUUUGAAAAGGGUAUUCCAGAGGUUGAAGGAAAUAUACCUGUCAAUAUCGUGUCCUUAGCUAAUUAUUAUUAUGCCAAAAGAAUUAAACAAAUUGAAGACGUUGAAUUGCCAAGAUUAAGAAAUGAAAUGAAAAGUAAUUUGGGAUGA